AAUGGAUAUGACGAUAUAAACAAAUGUUCCAAUGUUUUGAAUUGCAGAGCCUCAAACGUUGUACCGUUCUCCGAGUUCCUUUCAGUUGUACUGCGGGUGUUCAGUGGAAACGUUGUUUUCUGGUUCUGUUAAAAUUUUAAAAACCGUUCAGCAGGAUCUGAAAGAGGGUCUGCAGAUCCAAGCAAGAUGAGGGCCCUACCCUUGGUUUCAGCUCUAGUGUUUGCUCUUCUAAUAACCGAUGUUCUUGCCGAUUCUAAACCUAGAAAACAUAAAAAAUACAGGAAGCGUCCAAUGGCGACGAGUCUAGAUGAGUUCAAAAUUGCUUCCGAUGAAAAUAAAAUCGAACAAAGUGAGGAAAAAUCUUCGGAAACACCUUCCGAACCAGCACCGCCUCCAAUGGCUGCCGCCACCGGAGAUAUGAUUGAUAAUAGGGUCCUUAUAACAGACCCUUGUAUGGAUGUUCAAUGUGGUGCUGGUAUGGUUUGUGAACUGGACAAGGAAGGUGAACCACAGUGUGUUUGUAUUGAAGUGUGCCCGGAAGAAACAGAUUCGCGGCGAAAGGUUUGCUCAAACCACAAUGAAACAUGGCCAUCGGAUUGCUCGGUAUACCAGCAACGUUGUUGGUGUCGUAUUGACGAUGCCAAGUGUAAAGGGGAGCAAUACAAACAUGUCCAUAUAGAAUAUUACGGUACAUGCAGGGAAAUGAAGGAAUGCACAGAAGGCGAAAUGGCCGAUUUUCCUCGCAGGAUGCGCGAUUGGUUGUUUAACGUUAUGCGCGACUUGGCUGACCGUAGAGAGUUAACUCCGCAUUACACAAAAAUGCAGCAUGAAGCUGAGUCAAACAUGACUCGUCGCUGGACAAACGCCGCCAUUUGGAAAUUUUGUGACUUAGACGGCCACCCUCCAGACAGGUACAUAUCCCGCCACGAGCUCUUUCCCAUACGCGCGCCUCUAAUGGCAUUGGAACAUUGUAUCGCGCCUUUCUUGAACUCAUGUGAUUCGGACAAUGACCACCGAAUUACUAUUAAAGAGUGGGCCAAGUGUUUGGAGUUGGAGGAGGACGACAUAGAAGACAGAUGCGAGGAGAUUUCUCAAAACGAAGAGGCAUAGAUGUAAUUAAUAAAAUUUCAUACACUUUAUAAAAUAAUUUUUAUAAAAGCUGUAAUUUUGGCCUUGUAAUUCCUAAAAAAAUAGACAAAUUAGCUAUUAAUGUCGGCGGCAAAUUUAAGUAUAGCCAUAAAGUACUUAUUAAAUGGCGAAGCUUUUUGUAUGUUUUUAAGGAUCAAGUGAACAUAGUAGUAACAUAUUAGAAGCUAGUUUAUAAUUUUUGACACUGCCCUAUUCUGUAGAUUAAUAUUAGCUCUCCCAAAGAAUCCUGCUUUCAUUCUCCUGCCAGAGCUGUUCAUAAUAGAAUUCUUGAUUGGCCAUGAUCAAUAAUGUAUAUAUAAUAUGACAAAAUUGAAAUAAAUAUUGCUUUCAUUAUUAUA